AUGAGCAGCGUCUUUGAUCUGCUGUACGCCAAGUACGAUAACGUCAUCGGGGUCAGCUGUGAGAGCCGCAACAACAGCGCCGAAUGCUUCCAGUUCAUCGAGGGCGUCCACGUCGUCUGUGUCUGGUUCACCUGCCGCAGCCAGAAGCUGGAGGAGAUCAUGAAGGAUCUGUGGCCCACGCCCUACCUCUGGCUGCUCAUCGUGUGCCACCUGGUCGUGUUCGUGGUGGGCCUGAUGGGCAACGCGCUCGUUUGCAUCGCCGUGCUGCGUAACCACACUAUGCGCACCGUCACGAACAUCUUCAUCGUCAACCUGGCCGUGGCCGACUUCCUGGUGCUGCUGUUCUGCCUGCCGCCCACUGUCACCGUCGACGUCACGCAGACAUGGUUCUUCGGCAGCGUCGCGUGCAAGGUCAUCACCUCGUUGCAGUGGAUGUCGGCGGCAGUCUCCGUGCUGACGCUCACCGUCAUCUCGCUGGACCGGUGGUACGCCAUGUGCCACCCGCUGCGGUUCCUCGCCACGGCCAGAUGGGCCAAGAAGGCCAUCGCCGUCAUCUGGGGCGUCUCCAUCGCGAUCAGCAUCCCGUACAUGGUGUGGUCGGAGGUGCACGCGCUUCCCUGGAGCCCUAAGGGCACCGUCUACUAUUCGUCCUGCGCGCCGACAUGGGUCGGCUGGGAGCUACACGCCGUCGUUGCAUCGUUCGUCGGCCUGUACCUGCUGCCGCUCUGCUUCAUGGUCUUCACCUACAGCCAGAUCGUGCGAGCGCUUUGGCGCCGGGCGAUCCCGGGUCAGCUUGCGACCGCGGACUGCCCGCUGGCAGCUGGCAGGACCGGUGACCAGGGUGGACUCAUGUCGCAUUCCUCCGAGGCAGUCUGCACCCACGUGCGAGCUAGGCGCAAGGCCGCCAAAAUGCUGGUCGUCGUCGUCGUCGUCUUCGCCAUCUGCUUGCUGUUCGUGCAUGCCUUUAUGGUCAUCAGAUCCGCCCUAGGCAGUGAGGGCUGGCAGCGGGUGCCCGGCCUGGUGGCCCAGGCGUCCGUGUCAAUCUCCCACUGGCUGUUCUACUUCAACAGUGCCAUCAACCCCAUCAUCUACAACUUCAUGAGCAGCAGGUUCCGGCGCGAGUUCCGGAAGGCGAUGUGCCGGCCGUGGUGGUCACCGCUCGGUCUGCCCGCGGACGACAGCCGAGCCCAGCACGCCAACAGCUCGCUGUCGCGGCGCCGCAACAACACGGUGACGCGGACGACGAGCAGCAGCAGGCAUCUGCGCCGCUUGCUAACCGGCCGGCAACCUGCCAAUGGGACCUGCGCAGAGACCAGACUGUAGGACCGGUCCGAUGUCUGGCCUGGCCACAGCCGGGCUACGGACCAGCACCGAGACCAGGCUCCAGGGUAGGCCCCAAGUCUUCCCGGCCAGUAGCCAUGGAGUGGAACCAGCACCGAAACAACGGUCCAGUGCCGGCCCAAGUCGGGACCAGGUUGUAGCAGGGGCUGUGAGCACAGACUAUGCC